AUGGAAUUAGAACUCCGACUGAUCUUCAAAGCGAUUGGAUUUUUCUCCUUGAUCACCAUUGGAGUUCCCAGUAAUUUGAUAAUCUUAGCGACAUUCAUCCACAUUAGAGUCACUGAAAGAAAGCUGAUACCAGCCAAUGCUAUCCUUUCCAUGUUGGCUUUGGUGAACUUGCUAGUAAUAUUUUCCAAAGGUUUCCCUCAAGCAAUCCAUUCAGUGGGAAUUAGGAAUGUCUUUAAUGAUAUUGAGUGCAAAAUAAUUUCUUUCACUUACCGAGUUUGUCGAGGGAUGACUAUUUGUGUCACCUGUCUACUGAGCUGCAAUCAGUGCAUCAUUUUGGCACCACCUUCGAAAAUAUGGCUUGCUCUUAAGCAAAAUGUUCCACCCAACCUACCAUGGGUUAUGCUACUGUUAUGGUGUAUUAAUGGAGCUAUAUACCCCUCUUGCUUCCUCCAUGUCCGUGCUAUAGCCAACUACACAACCUCCAUGUAUACCUUGCACUUAGAAUUCUGCAAACAUGACUUUAUGACAUUUACCUCAUAUGUUGCCAAUGGUAUAGCCAUUGCCGUGAGAGAUUUUCUCUUUGUGGGGACAAUGACCUUAGCUAGCUGCUAUAUAGUAUUUAUGCUUUACAGACAUGGAAAGCAAGUUCAAGGAAUACGCAGUUCAGACAGAAAAGCUGGGAAAAGUGCUGAAUACAGGGCUGCCCAAGCAGUAGUUCUACUUGUUUCUAUUUAUGUUGCAUUGUUUGGACUUGACAGUUGCAUUUGGAUUUACACCUUAAUAGUAUCUAGAGUGUCACCAACUAUCUCUGAUGCUCGAGUGUUCUUUGGUACCUUAUAUGCUGCUCUCAGUCCUAUUGUAAUUAUACAAACUAACAAGAAAAUUCAAAUGACUUUAAAAUGCAACAACAAGAAAAUUCUCCUACAGUCUUCAGAUACAAAUGUGUCAUCGGAUUCCUCAGAAUAA